AUGCAAACCCGACGCAAAAAUAACAUCGUUAAACCAAACCCCAAAUACAACCUGUCUGCCCGUUUAUCCGAUGUUCCCCUAGAACCCAGGACAGUGAAUCAGGCUUUGAAAGAUAAACGGUGGAGAGGUGCUCUGUCGACUGAAAUUGAUGCGUUUGCUCGCAAUCACACUUUUGAUCUAGUUCCCCGACCACUCAACCACAACGUAGUUGGUUGUAAGUGGAUAUUUACAAACAAGUUUUUUGCUACUGGUGUUUUCAACAGGUGCAAAGCAAGACUUGUUGCCAAGGGAUUCAAUCAGCAACAAGGACGAGAUUACACAGAAACAUUCAGCCCGGUGAUUAAAGCAACCACAAUUCGAAUCAUUCUUGAUAUUGCUGUCUCCAUGUCAUGGCCAAUUCAACAACUAGAUGUGAAUAAUGCCUUUCUACAAGGUACAUUAGAAGAAGAAGUCUACAUGGAACAACCUCCUGGAUUUGUCGACAAAGAUCAUCCGUCCUAUGUCUGUAAGUUGAACAAGGCUGUCUAUGGACUUAAACAAGCCCCACGUGCCUGGUAUCUUGAGUUAAAGGCCUUCCUUCUCAGUCUUGGCUUUAAGAACUCUCUUGCUGAUACAUCGUUAUUUACCUUGCAAGUUGGGAAAGAUUUUAUCUACCUGUUAGUAUAUGUUGAUGAUAUACUAAUUACAGGAAGCACCAAGGCAGGAAUUCAACGAAUUCUCAAUCUCUUAGCAGAGCGCUUCUCUGUCAAAGACCCUGAAGACCUCAACUACUUUCUGGGUUUAGAAGCUCACAGAACUGACGAAGGACUUCAUCUCUCACAGCGAAAAUACAUUGUUGAUCUCCUGCACAAGUACAACAUGGUGAAUGCAAAGCCAAUCGGAGCUCCAAUGGCCUCAUCUCCCAAGCUCACACUACACUCUGGUGUCCCACUCUCUGAUCCUCUUGAAUACCGGAAAUUGGUGGGAAGCUUACAGUAUCUUGCAUUCACACGACUUGACAUUUCUUAUGCUGUAAAUCGGCUCUCCCAGUUCAUGCACAAGCCUACACAAGAUCACUGGCAAGCAGCUAAAAGGAUUCUUCGAUAUCUUGCUGGCACUCCAACACACGGUAUCUUCUUCUCAGCUAAGAAUGAAUUAAAACUUCAUGCGUUUUCUGAUUCUGAUUGGGGCGGUGACUCCGAGGCCACGGAUGUAUUCAUCAAUGGAUUUGGUACCCUUUGUCCAUUGUUUUAG